AUGGUCAACCUUCCCCGACUUUGUGGUGGAUUCGGGUCCGGCCGCUCCUCGACCGAGGUUCAAGAAGAGCAAUCGGAGUCGGCCCCGAUCAAGGGUUUUUCAGACACCACGCAUAGGUCGUGCGUGUUCUGCAGUGUCUCAGUAGCGAAUGGAUUCGACAUAGUUGCCGAGGACGACCUGUUUGUCGUGUUUAAAGACCAUAAUCCAUCAGCUCGUCUCCAUCUUCUCGUCGUCCCCAAGCGGCACGUCAAGUCGGUGAAGAUCUUGACCAAGGUGGACGUGGACAUGCUGCGACAGAUGGAACAGCUAGGACACUCAACUCUAAGCAUACUCGAAGCCUCAGACACUUACGACUGUAGGAUGGGUUUCCAUAUCCCGCCUUUCAACAGCGUUAACCAUCUCCAUCUUCAUGUCUUUUCGUUGCCUUUUCUUUCAUGGUACAAGAAGGUGAAGUACCCGUGGCGAAAAGGCACGAGUCCCCACGACAAAGGCUGGACAUGGUUCGUAGAGAUUGGGCAAGCAAUACGGAUCUUGGAGAGGGGCGCCAGGAUUUCUAUCAUUCCUUGCUGA